UCUUCGAGCAUGAACAGCGAAUCGUCCGAGCAUCGCGAAAAUCUGAUCGGUUCGAAGAGUCUAGAGCCGAUCGGCGACAACAUGAAUAAGAAGAGCAAGCGCAAAGGCGCACGCUUCUCGUUUCGCACCUUGGCCCACAUGGUGGUGAUGCUGCAGAAGCGCUUGGUCCACGCCAAGUCGAUGGCCGAGUAUGUCGAUGUCACCGACGAUGUGGCCUACUGGCGUGCAUUGGCCUUGUCGCGCGGCGAGGAAAUCGAUCGCUUCAUCAACAUCAUUGAGCUGCAGAAGAAACGCAUCGACACUUUGGAGAACGAUCUGGGCACAUUGGUCAAUCUGGCGCAGGAGACACAGAAGAUGCUCGCCGACAUCACUCCCGAGAAGCCCAGCGAGAAGUCACGGCAAGAUGAAACCGUCUAGCUCAAGAAUCUCUCCCUCUC